CUGGGUGUGGAGACGUCACGUCACCGACUGCGGCAUCCCUUCCCGGGCGGAGCAAGGACUGCGGCAGCGCUGCAGAAGCGUGAGCCGAGGCGGAGCGGCCACCGCGACCGCGCCGAGACCGAGGAGCCGGAGUUGGAGCCGGAGUUGGAGCCAUGUCUCCGGGCAGCCCCGCCGCGCUGUGUCUCCUCUUUACCGUCAUCUCCCGCGCAGCCGGGAGCCUGCAUCCAGAGAGUCUGUUCCCGGGGAGUCUGACCGCCUCCAGGUGUAAACAUAGGCUGGCCACGCCGCAGUUCUCCAGCGCCUUCACCGCCUCCUCGUACUCCACCUUCUACUCGCCUGGAUACGGCCGUCUGCACGGGGGAUGGGGGUGGUCUCCCCAGGUGUCCGACCGCCUCCCCUGGCUGCAGGUUGACCUGUGGCAGAGGUCGAUGGUGACGGCGGUGGCGACCCAGGGCACCUAUAACUCCCGCGACUGGGUGACCCGCUACCUCCUCCUCUACAGUGACCACGGCCACAGCUGGCAGCCCUUCUACCAGCUGGGCCACAACUGGACUUUCUCCGGGAACCGGAACGCAGACUACGAUGUCCGGCACGACCUAUGGCGCCCGGUGUUGGCGCGAUUCGUCCGCUUCGUGGCCAUCAGUUGGCGGCCGCGGCGCUACGUCGGCCUCAGGGUGGAGGUGUACGGCUGCCCUACGGCAAAUUCUGACAUGGUCUCCUUCGACGGCAACAGUUCUCUGAGCUACCGGUUCCAAGAGUGGAAUACGCGAACACUAUUCGACUCUAUCUCGUUCAACUUCAAGACGUGGGCUGAGGAGGGACUGCUCAUGCACAGCGAGGGCGAGCAGGGGGACCACAUCACCGUGGAGUUGGUGCAAGCACGGCUACUCUUUCAUGUUAACCUAGGCAGCAGUGUGGUGCACACGGUGAGAGGCGACACCACGGUCACCAUGGGCAACCUGCUGGAUGACCAACACUGGCACAUGGUUCACAUCGAGCGCUACGGGCAGCACGUGAACCUGACGCUGGACGGACACACCGAGCGCUUCCACACCAACGGCCACUUUGAUUACCUGGACCUGCAUUCAGCGAUCUAUUUCGGCGGUCACCCUGUGCUCACCCCUGCGAGAGGAGCCGUGAUUGACAAGCCCAACUUCCAAGGGUGUCUGGAGAACAUCUUGUACAAUAACAUCAGCGUCAUUGACGUGGCCAGAAAGAGACAUUCGCGGACGCAGAUCUUGGGCGAUGUGCGCUUUCACUGCCCGCGGGCUCUUGGUCCAGGGCCGCCCGCCUCCCCCGUCACCUUCGUGUCGGCCGCCAGCUUCCUGCAGCUCCCGGGGCAGCCGCUGCUUCACCAACUCGCCCUCAACUUCAGCUUCCGCUCGAUGGCGCCCCGCGGCCUCCUGCUCUUCACCAACUUCUCCCGCGGCCUCGGAUCCCUGCAGCUGGCGCUGAGCGGCGGCCAGAUCAACACCACUGUACAGCAGAGCGGUGGCCGGCGGCUGGAGUUCGCCGCAGGCUUCAACCUGACUGACGGCCAUUGGCACUCGGUGAACCUGUUGGUUCGGAUGGACUCUGUGGUCAUAAUCAUUGACGGACAAGAGGACUCGGCGGUGAAGGUCAACCAGGCGCUGCGGGUCGAGACCGGAGACAACUACUUCUUUGGAGCGUGUCCAGCCAGCGUGAAGAACUCGGGCUGUUUCUCCAACGCCAGCGAGUUCCAUGGCUGCAUGAGGCUCAUCCACAUCGACAAUUACCCUGUUGACCUGGAGCUCGUCAAAAGACGCCAACUGGGCCGAUAUUCCGAGAUGCUGUUCAACACGUGUGGAGUCACAGACCGGUGUACACCGAACCUGUGUGAACACGGGGGCGUGUGUCUGCAAACCGCCGAUAACUUUCUGUGCGACUGCGAGCGGACCGGGUACAAAGGAGUGACCUGUCACAAUUCUCUCUACCCAGAGUCGUGCGACGGCUACAGGAGACUGGGGGUCAGGACCUCGGGAAACUACACCAUCGACCCGGACGGCAGCGGCCCCGCCAGACCAUUCACGGUGCAUUGCAGCAUCUCUGAGGCCAGGGCUUGGACAGUGGGGGGGGAGGGGCUCGCUGGGGCCGACCCGGCCACAAUCCCGCGGACAACCGCCCUCGGACCAUCCUCCACUGGCACAGCCGCCGCUGCUACAUGA